CUGACCUGUACGUUACUACUGACGAGACUCAGUGGCCUUGGCCAUCUCACUCAAAACUGACCUCAAGGACAGGCCAUUCACGCUCGAAAUCGCUUGCAUCCUCUCCACUCCUUUCCAGUGCCACUUCUAUCAUGAACUCUGCUCCCUCGUCCUCUCUUUCGCUCAACGGUCGACUGCCCUCGGUCAAUGGUAGCUCAGCCCUUUCCUCACCUCACCCCGACCACGACUAUUCGUCGAGCCAUGAAUCAGCCCUCUUCUCCGCGCAUAACGGAUACACACAAGUUCCCUAUCAUGUUCACAACGAGCAAAUAGUACACCACCUCUAUCACGCGGGUUUUCAGACUGGCAACUACUCAGACACUAUACUCCAUGUACAUCAAAGCGCUUAUCGUUUACACGCUAUCAUGCUUUCACGCUCUCCGUAUCUCGCGCACUUGAUGUCAACGUCCCCACAGUCAGGUGGACAACGCGCGAUAUACGUCCAACUAGAUCAUGAACCCGAGGUCACUCAGGAGGGCUUUGCGAUAGCCCUUGGGUAUCUGUAUUCGCCUAUCUCCUUGAGUCUGAUCCGUCCGGAAAAUGCGCGGGGUGUGCUUGCCGCUGGCUGUUUGCUGGGUGGCAUGGAUGAUUUGUGCGCGUAUGCGUUCGAAACGUGUCGGCGGUCGAUCAGCGUGGAGAAUAUCGCACAAUGGCUCGAGUUUACCGAGCACACUCCGUCUUCGUCAAAUGGGUCGCCCAAAUCCGAGAUGUCGUCGACCUCUAUAUUCGGGCAGUAUGCUCAGAGAUUACGCGAUGACGUAUUCAACUAUUUGGUGGUUAUACUGCCAGUGGCGUUACACGUGAACGCAACCGCGCCAGUGGCUGAAGCUGAAUCACCACAAGAGGCAAAUGGACGCGACACAUUGCUACGAGUCUUCUCCAUGGUGCCUUUCGAUCUGUUCAAGGCAGCAGUGGAGUCGCCAACGUUUCAGAUUGGGACUGAUCAAGCCCGGUUCAAGUUUGCGAAGGAUGCGAUUGAACUCAGAAAAGGGCACGGGGCCGAGGAGACAGUGGUACUGGCGUUUGGAGGGGCACAGGGAGGUAGUGCAGUGCACGUCACGCGCAAACUGCGCAAGCGGCCACUGUGGAAGGUGAACUCGUGAGGGAUUUGUCACUAGUGCUCUGUUGGCCGAAUCGGGAGGAUGGGGGGUUGGGAGUGGCAGCCCAGGUGGCGAAUAGUGUUAUGCUAAUGUGGGUGUAUAAUGCGUAGUGUGUGUUGUUGUGCGAUGAUAUACGUCUACAAAUAUAGUAUCGUUUAG